GCUGCGAAAGCAUCUACGUAGCACUCCAUCAUGGCGGCGGCGACCACCGGUGCAAGUGCGUCAGCGAUAGAGAAGAAGACAACUGAGACAACAAGGCCGGCGAUCACGGACAUCGAGCCAACUCCACGGCCCCUUCCCCUUCCGCUUCCGCACGUCGUCCUGCUGGCCAGCCCCGGGAUCGGCCACCUCACCCCGCUGGCCGAGCUGGCGCGGCGCCUCGUGACUCACCACGGCUUCGCGGCCACGCUCGUCACGCUCAGUACCGCCGGCUUCUCCGACGCGGCCGCUGAAGCCGCCGUGCUCUCGUCCAUGCCAGCGACGGUCUCGAUCGCCGCGCUCCCGCCCGUCGCUCUCGACGACCUCAGCCCCGACGUCGGCUUCGGCGCCGUCAUGUUCGAGCUCCUCCGCCGCUCUCUCCCGCACCUCCGCGCGCUCAUGCUCAGCUCGGCCAGCUUCACCUCCACGGCCGCGCUCGUGUGCGACUUCUUCGGCACCGCGGCUCUGCCCGUGGCCGCUGAGCUGGGCGUCCGAGGGUACGUCUUCCUCCCCAACAGCUUCGCGUUGCUCUCCGUCAUGCGCUUCGUCGCAGAGCUCCACGACGAUGCCGCUCCGGGCGAGGAAGAGUACCGUGACCUCCCGGACCCGCUAUUCCUGCUCCCGGGCUGCUGUCUGCGACACGCCGAGCUGCCCGACGGGUUCCGGGACCGGGCCGACCCGGUAUACGCGUACGUCGUGGAGGAGGCGCGGCGGUACGCCCGCGCCGACGGCUUCCUGGUGAACAGCUUCGAGGAGCUGGAGCCCGCCAUGGCGGAGGGGUUCAGGUGCGAUGCCGCGGAAGGCGCGUUCCCGCCGGUGUACGCCGUGGGGCCGUUCGUCCGGCAAAAAACUGGCUCUGAGGAUGAAGAAGAAGAAGACGAUGAGUUGGGUUGCUUGGAGUGGCUCGACCGCCGGCCGGUGGGGUCGGUGGUGUACGUCUCGUUCGGGAGCGGCGGCGCGCUGUCCGUGGCGCAGACGGCCGAGCUCGCUUUCGGGCUGGAGAGCUCCGGCCACGGGUUCCUUUGGGUCGUGCGGAUGCCAAGCCUGGACGGCAACUGCUACGCGUUGGGGGCCGGUAGCCACGACGCCAACGUUAACGACCCGUUGGCUUGGCUUCCCGAAGGGUUCUUGGAGAGGACCAAGGACAGGGGCCUUGCCGUGGCGGGGUGGGCGCCGCAGACGCGCGUGCUGGCGCACCCAGCGACGGCAGGGUUCGUGUCGCACGGCGGAUGGAACUCGACGCUGGAGAGCUUGGCGUCCGGCGUCCCGAUCAUCGCCUGGCCUCUGUACGCUGAGCAGAAGAUGAACGCGGCCAUUCUGACGGGAGUGACCGGGGUGGCACUACAUCCGCCGGUGGGCCGGGAGGACGGCUUCGUCACGCGCCACGAGGUUGUGGCAGCCAUCAGAGAGCUCGUGGAAGGGGACAAGGGGAGCGCCGUACGCCGCCGAGCCAAGCAGCUUCAGGAAGCAGCAGCACGGGCCUGUAUGCCGGAGGGAUCAUCACGGCGGGCAUUGGGUGAAGUGGCUGCCAAGUGGAGGGCCGAGCUUGGCAACGGGACUCGAGUGCACGAACUCUAGUCAAAAUGAUUCAACUACGAGACAGAUGCAGAGGAUCGAGGUCCUACAGAAUUUGUACUACUCGUAUCUACUAUUUCGUGUGGAAUAAGCAUGCACCGUCAUUGUUUGAAAAAACAUGGCAACAUCUUUUGAUGAAAAAGGUGAUGUAGGUGGCCUCCUUCUGCAGAUGCAGAGCCAUCUGGAGUUGUGAACUGGAUAAAAAGCCCCUGCAAUAUGAUUUGUCAAAUGAUUUUUCACGUAGCCAUUAUUUAUUGGUGCAAUGCAAGCUGCAAGGGGAUAUGCACAA